AAAACGAUGACUAGUCAGAGAUCACAUUAUACUCGCUUGCUUGCAGUUUCAACCUGCAAAGCACGCUCUUGAGAGAGCGAGAAAUUAAUUGUGUUUGGAGUUUGGACGCCUCUGAUCUUCCGGCGUUGAUUGUCCGGGGGAGCUGAUGAUUGGUGGUGGGGGUCCUUCAUUUCAUUAUGCGAGGCCCGAUUCACCUGCGAUUCUUCACGACUAUCCAAAAUAACGCGCCACGACUACACCAGUGCUGCGUAGCAGCCGACACCAUUCACUGCAAUCUGCCUUCAAAGCCUGUGACGAUUAAAUACGCUGAGCUGAAAUUCUCUUUCCCCCUCUCACGUCAUACUCAUAUCAUUACAGUUACAUUACCGUAUGAAAUUAAGAAUGGCUUCGAGCCAAGUUUAUUUAGCUUGCUGUUGUUCUGCAGAUCUUCGAAAGCUUGAGCAUUUUCCCAUGUCUACAGAUUUCAUUUGAAGCGUUCAAGUUUUCAACUUCUGAGUGACCAAGCAGCGUUCCUGAAAACCAAUAUGUCUAAUUUGAUGGUUGGUGCGUCUCUUUCGAGCUGCGAAUUAGUUGCUUUCGCAUAGUGUUUGCGAUGAAACAAUGAAGUUCCAGUUGGAAUCUGCCCUUGCUUGUAUCAUUUGCUUACUCUGUUUUCAGUACAUAUUAUGUGAUGAUCUUUCUCAAGAGUCUGGAAUGAACAAGUGGACCUGUUUGUGUGCUUCUGCUCAACAAGGCAAUCAGAGUUAUGUAUUUGCAUCCAACUGUUCCACAUCCUGUGAUUGCAUUCCUGAAAAAUCUGUUGGAGGAUCAAGUGAAGAAAGAUGGACCUGUAUUUGUGCUGCUGAGGGAUUUUCCGCAGCAGCAGCUGGUAUUCAUGAUUCUACUUGUUUCACAGCCUGCAACUGCACAUCUGGUUUUCCAGUAGACGCGAAAGCAUCAAGGAAGCAUAUGUCCAGCAAAUUCAUUAUGUACAUUCUCUUGUUUUGUGUGGUGCCUAUGACUGUUGCAUUUCUUGCUUUGCUGGGAUGCUAUAUGUAUUGCAGGGACAAAUGUCCUGUUCAACCUCCAAUAUUUUUAUCAGAUAGAGACACAAGCUGUAACAGCGCUACCAACCUAAUAAGCCAUAUGUCUUCUUCAAUACCAGAAUCCAAAGUUCAAAUAAAUUCUCCUUUGCACCCCAUAACAGAGUGUAUGCUAGGAGCUUCUUUCAUGUUUAAAAGAAAAAUAGGAACAGUAACUGGGACAAUUACCCAUUUUACUUAUUCUGAGUUGGAGCUUGCAACCAAUAAAUUCUCCAAUUCCAAUCUGAUAGGGCUUGGAGGAAGCAGCUGUGUUUAUCGGGGUCAACUCAAAGAUGGCAAGAUUGUUGCUGUUAAGCGACUAAAGACUCAGGGUGGGCCUGAUGCAAUUGUUGAGUUUUCCACUGAGAUUGAACUGAUUUCAAGAUUCAACCACUGUCACGUGGUACCUUUGCUUGGCUACUGCUUGGAGUCACACGGGAAACAGGCUGAGAGGCUACUUGUCUUUGAAUACAUGUCCAAUGGCAACCUUAGAGAUUGUUUAGAUGGGGCUCCAGGGAAAGAACCCAUGGACUGGGGAACUCGUGUUAAUAUUGCUCUUGGGGCUGCAAGGGGCUUGGAGUAUCUGCAUGAAGCUGCUGCUCCAAGGAUAUUGCAUCGAGAUAUCAAAUCAACCAACAUUCUUCUAGAUGAUAAGUGGAGACCUAAAAUAAGUGAUCUUGGUAUGGCCAAACGCUUGAGGACUGAUGACCUUCCUAGCUGUUCGAAUUCUCCAGCAAGAAUGCAGGGGACUUUUGGAUAUUUUGCUCCAGAGUAUGCCAUUGUUGGAAGGGCCUCUCUAAAGUCAGAUGUUUUCAGUUUUGGAGUUGUUCUUCUGGAGUUAAUCAGUGGUCGGAAACCAAUCCAAAAAUCAGCCAACAAAGGAGAAGAAAGCCUUGUCAUAUGGGCUACCCCUCGUUUACAGGAUAGCAAAAGGGUGAUUUUGGAAUUGCCUGACCCACUUUUGAAUGGGAAUUUCCCAGAAGAGGAGAUGCAGAUAAUGGCUUACUUGGCGAAGGAGUGCCUGCUUUUGGAUCCUGACUCUAGACCAACCAUGAGUGAGGUUGUUCAAAUCCUUUCCACUAUUACACCAGAGAAAUCCAGGCGAAAUUUCUCUUUAAGCCUUUUCCAGAGCUUAUCAACUCAUAGCAUGAAAAGUGUGGUAGACAAGGAGAGGUAUGAAGAUGAGCCAGAUUGUUCCCUUGAUGCAGAGAACUUGAGAAGAGGCUCUGCUUGGUCUUCGUUGCCACUACAUGUGCAUCGUAAUUUAUGUGUUGAAGACAAUAAGAAAGAGGCAGGCACAGUAAUAUCGGCUGAGUGUAUAGAAAAAUUGAACCCCGGUUUGAAUUGCCGUUCUCCAGAGGAUGAGAUAGUGGACUUAACUGAACCCCGGUUUGAAUCAUUCCACAUGGCAAACAUUCAAAACCUAUGAUUUUAUUAGAAAAUUUGGGCAAGAAUACCCAGAACCAUGGCUAGUGCUAAAUGCUCAUUUCUUGGGGUUAAACGUGCUUGCUGAUUGAACUUGCUCUUGGAAAAAGAAAACAAGAAGGCAAAUCCAUCUGAGGAAGGAUUGGUUCUCAGUUCUCACAGUCAAGGAUUGGUUCUCAGCUUUCCUGCAAGUCGGGACUCCAGAUAAGCAAUACUAGAAUGUCAAAAAAAUUUGAAAAGCUGAUCAUGAAAUAUAAAUGCUACAUUAUUGUUUCAUUUAUUAUUACAGAUGAGAAAGAAAUUGUUUUACUGCAAAAAAAAUAAAAUAAAAAAAUACAUACAAAGCAAUCCUAGUUUUUGCUUGACUUGCCUUCA